AUGGGUGUGGAAGAAAUGGUUGCCAUGUUUUUACAUAUUAUAGCACAUGACGUCAAAAUUAGAGUAAUAAAGAGACAAUUUGUGAGAUCUGAAGAAACAAUUAGUAGGAGGUUUAAUGAUGUAUUGCUUGCUAUUUUGAGAUGUCAUAAUCUCUUAUUGAAGAAACCUCAACCAUUUAGCCAGGAUAGAAUGGAUGAACGAUGGAAAUGGUUUAAGGUCAAUAUCCUUGAGGCUGAUAAGCCUAGAUAUCAAAACAGAAAAGGUGACAUAACAACCAAUGUGCUUGGAGUGGUUGCUCCCGAUAUGCAAUUUAUCUACGUACUGGCGGGUUGGGAGGGUUCAUCUGCGGAUUCUAGGGUAUUGCGAGAUGCACUAUUUCGCAAUGGGUUUAGUGUUCCCCAAGGUCAUUAUUACUUAUGUGAUGCUGGAUAUAUGAAUUAUGAAGGAUUUUUGGCACCUUAUAGAGGACAAAAAUAUCAUUUGAGUGAGUUUAAUCCACAUAAUCAACCUAGUACAGCUCAAGAAAGAGUGAUGGUUGUGGAUCCUAUUGAUGAGAUAGAAGAUCAAAAUAUACUUGGAGUAGAUGGUGAGACGAUCCACCAUAUUGAAACGAGUGAUGCUUGGGGUAGAUGGAGAGAUCAACUUGCACAAGAAAUGUGGAACCAAUGGAGGAGAAGACAUCACGCUCGAUAA